AUGUCACAUAUGUCCAUAUCUUAUGAAGGUAUCUGCAUAGGCAUUGCGCAAGCCUUUCGUUAUUCAUGUCGCGCGCUCGCAAGGAGCAAGAUAGCUCUAAGUAUGUCGCCAUGCACUAGAAGCUUCACAACAUCUUCUUCGCUCUUAAAAAAAGGCAACCAGCCGAAGACUGACUCUCGAGUGACUAUGAUCCGCUACCAUAUGCAACAUCCGCUUAUGCCUCGGCCUCUACGACUAAGUCGCGGUAGAGCUCUGAGACACUGGACAAUUGCGCGUGCGUGGAAGGUUUGGGAUUGUAAAAGGCAAAACAAGGCUAAAUUGGAGCUGCAACGACAAUAUCAGUCCAUACAAGAUACAAUGGAAGUUCUAAGGAAUUUGGACGAUGGAUCAUCAAAGGUAGGAAAAGAAGGAAGUCGCUUGUAUCGAAUAGCUUUAGAGAAGAGGGGGAUCUAUUGUAACGGUUCUAUACCCAUUGAAUACUCCCGACUACAGACGGACACACCCGCUACCUAUCCAUGGGAUCAUGAUUGGAAGCGAUAG